AUGUCAGAAAGGAAUGAUCUCAAAGGUACCGUCGAUCACAUCAAAUUGCAAAAGUUCAAGAAGACAAAGGGGUAUGAUUCUAAGCUGGAUAAGCUCUACCAAAAGGCCCUGAAGGCAAAGCCGGGUAAGGCGAACAUAGAGGUAAAAUCAUUGGGAAAAUCCAUGAAAUUUAAAUCUUUCGGAAAAAAACCAUCUCCUGUUAAUACCAUCGACUAUGAGAAGAUAAAGAGUCUAAAGAAAUCCUCACCGUCUGAUAGAGUUGUCGCAUUCGCCUACCCUGGACCGGACGAAAAAUCACCUAUUGUUCUGCAUGCGAUGCGUUUUAAGGAGGAGAAAGAUUACAACAAUUUUGUGCCGAGAAUGGAAGAUCCUUUUCAAUCUACAUUACCCUCGCACACACAAUCGCCUCCUAUUUCUGAACGACCAACUUCUAAUCAACCGACGGAUUAUUUGACUCAACCAACAACUGAGCACACCAGAUCCACCAAAACGCAUUCGCCUUCUCGAACCACCGUACCUUCAACACGUUACUCUUCGCUAUCUUCAUCAUCACUGUCAUCAUCCUCGUACACCCACAGACCACGACAUCAUUCGAGCAAACCUGCUAGAGGUGUGCAGUCCUACAUAUCUACAGACGGUCUAUUUUCACCGCCUCGUGGAAGAGCAAGAAGCAAGAGCCCCAUUAUAACAAUCCAUUCACCAUGUCACACUACUUACGUCACAACUACUUCAAGAUUUCACACAUCACAACCUCCACGGCCUCGAGCGUCAUCAGCAAAGCCUAGGAGAUCACGACCUCCGAUGUCGCCGCAGAGACAGGUCAAAGUGUGUACAAUCUACAAGAUGCCAAGAAAUGCCGGGUCGGAAGGCAGUUACUUGUCUUCUUCUGAUGGAAGUUCGGAUACAAUGACUGAAUCUAGCAGCUCCAGUGGCCGUUCACGAGGUCCAUUCAGAUCGCGGCCAAGGGUUUAUUAUGCAAGCAACAGUAGCCGUAGCAGCAGCAGUAGUAGCAGCAGCAGUCGCUCCAGCUCUACCCAUGGACCUGAAUUAUACGGUAAAUCCAUACCAGAAAGCCGUUCCUUCGUUAUUUCGCGUUGUACUAGAGAUCGACAUUCCACAAUGAGGUGUCGUCCAGUUGGAGGCAUUACAGUGACAAGUGAGACUCCAAGUUUUACCUAUGAAGCCUAA